GAACCCUUUUUAAAAUAUAUUUGGAAUAGAUAUAAUUUUGAUGAAAAUGUGGCAGAGAUUGUAGAUAACAGCGAAUUUUCUUCCUUAUGCAAUAAAGUUGAUACUGAUACCUAUAACCAUUCAAACGAACCAAAAAAUAUUUGUAUAAAAUUUUUAAGAAAUUUGAAGGAGCUUAAUAAUAUAACAAAAGAGGACCAUUUAAAGCGCUGUAGCAAUAUAUACUAUUGGUUAUAUUAUAAAAUAAAAGAACAUAAUAUCUGUGUUCAUACUUUUAAGAGUAUUAUUGCCGAAUCAAAUGAGCUAAUAAAACAACAACAAAAUAUUGAUGGCUGUUAUAAUGAUAAGCUCUAUGAAAACUUCGAUGAAACAGAAAACUUAGUAAUGUUACAUAUAUUUAAUAAUAAUUUUCAUGUUAUUCAAGAAUUAUUAAACAAUGAAUGUGAUUCAAAUAAAUGUUCUUGUAAAAAAUUUAUCAAAAAAUGUGUAGAUUCAUAUAAACAUAUGCGUAAGAAACAUUGUCCAACAGAGAAGUUUGCGAGUGACAAAAUGCAUACCUGUCUUCCAGUAAAUAACUUUAAAGAAAUUAUGAGGCAUUUCUUUCGAAGAAAAAUAAUAAAUAUAAAUUUCCAGAAUUAUCUUCUGAAGCUUCUACGGAUAUUAUAG